AUGUCCAGGAACAGGUCAAUUUCCUACUCAACGAGCAAAGCGUAUGAGCAGUUCAUGACCAAACAGGGUCUGCAGGCACAGACCGUGACUCUCAAGUACGGCGCCCGGGGCCACUGGAUCGGGAAUCCCGACGCAAAGAACGUGGUCAUCUAUUAUCACGGUGGCGGAUUCGCCAUCGGCGGCGCACCCGGCCACUUCGACCUCUACUCGCACAUCGUAGCCGACCUCAACGCAAACGGCCAUGACGUCGCCAUCUUCUUCCUGGCAUACACCCUUACUCCACACGCCGCCUACCCGACCCAAUUGCGCCAGGCUGCCGAAGCCCUCCGCUACAUCGUCACGGAGACGAACCGCUCGCCAUCCAACGUGAUCGUCGGCGGCGACUCCGCAGGAGGGAACCUCGCUCUCGCACUGCUGCUGCACCUCUCCCAUCCACAUCCCGAGAUCGAGCCCGUCGCGCUCUCCACCAACCUCGCCGGAGUGUUCGGGUUCGCGCCGUGGGUCAGCUUCCGCACAGACGGGACCUCGAUGGACGCGAACAAGUACAGGGAUGUGAUCCCCUCAGACGCGCUGAAGAGAUGGUCGAGUGCGUAUCUCGCUGGUGCGAAGAGCAAUGCCUGGAGCGAGCCAGCGCUCGCGCCUGUGGAGUGGUGGGCGGAUGCAAAGACCGAGCAGGUCCUGAUCCUUGCGGGUCAGCAUGAGAUCUUGUCGUCGGUGAUUGAUGACUUUGUGGAGAGGAUCAAGGUAUUUAUUCUCCGUCAUAUUUUAGGAAGUCGAUUGUGUCUCGGUUGCUGA